GUGAAAAUGUAGGUGUUAUUUACUGAAGAGAAAGUAAACAAAGAGAAUCUCUCAUUGGUUUAUGUGCCCUUAUGAAAUGUUCACGUCGAAAUGUGAGUGAGAAAUCCAAUGCACAAUCCAAACCGGUUGCAAUGCAUGCGUGAGAUUGACGCAUUUCAGUACUGUAUACUGUUAAUUGCAAAGAUGUAGUAUAUGUUUGUAAUAAAAGAAGCUCCGUCUUACGAUACAAGCGAAAUAAUGUAUUAAUUUUAUAUUAUUGAAAUUAUCGUGUUCAUGUUUAUUUUAGUGUCUUUCAAUCAUUUUCAAGGUAGAUUACAGUUUCAGUUAAUAGUGAUCGAAUCGAGGGCUUAAAUAUAUUCUGUUCGACAAAGCUAUUGUUUUGGAGUGAACCAAGCUCAGUUCUGACAAUUGCAUGUUAGAAGCAAUCUGAAUCCGCCCAGUGAUUACUAAAUGAAUGAGUCGCAAUGUGUUCGUAGGAGUUUUGAUUUACUCUACAGCCAUAAAGAUCAAAUUUUUAGAUAAUUAAACAUUAAUAUUGUUGACAAAAAACCAAUGCACCAACCGGAAUUUGAUGUAAUCAACAUUGACACUAAGCAAAAUUUUCAACUAGCUUGCUAGAUCGAUGUUUACUCUGAUCGUCGAUACAGCAGGUACUACUUACGGUAGUUACCGGAAGUAUAUGUUUGCAGUUCAAAUCUUGAAAAUAGAAUUGGUAAUUCAAGUAGAAAUAAAUUCUAGGUUAGCAGCGCAUUACUCUUGUCAUAAAAAAAAUCAAAUGCUGAUCGACAAGGCCUUCCCUUUUUUUAUUUGCUGGUGUGUACACUUGACGGGGCUGAGACCUAUAGAGAUCUAUCUCACCCGUUGAGGUUAUGUUAUUAUGGUUAUUUUCGAUUAUUUUAUUAUUUUUGAUUGUAAAGUUUUACAGUGACUCCCGAUGAUAGUUUCGCGGCGUCGCCACACUGAUUCACUUCCUCGAAAUACACAAAUUUUCGUCGCACUAGUGCGAACCGGCCUGCACACCGGAAGUUAGACCUUCCCUUCUCGAAAAAAUAAACUGUGUACUUACCGUUCGCUACAGUUUUCAAGAUACACUACACAACCCAACGAUUCUUUUUAAAUUUUACCAAUAUCGACAAUUUGUUUCACAUAGUAUUGCUAAUACCUACAAAUUACUUUUUGUAAUCCAAUCAACUAUUGUCGACAGAGUUGCCAGGUUAUUUUUUCAAAAAUCUGUCAAAACUCAAAAAUUUAUCUGCACUCAAAUAAAAAUUCACGUUCGAUUCACUUGAAAAAUCACGUAGAAUGGUUUCAAAUGUCAAAUUGAAUAUUUUACUUGACGAAAAUGAAUGUUAUACGAACAUCCCCUAAAAUGAAUAGAGUCAUCACAUAAGGUUUACGUGAAUUGACCAAACGUCAAACAAUCUACGUGAAUUUUCAGUGUGAAAAACUCGAUUUUGAAAAUGGCGAGCAGUGGCCCUCGAAGUUAUGAAAGUUUCCAUGUGUUCAACUGGACCGAGUGCCUGCGUGAGUCCGGAAGUUUACCCGCUCCUGCCGAAUGCUUCAAACAGGCCGUCGGUAUGAAGCUAGAGACACUGGAACCAUGUAAUGCGACUUCAACCUGCAUCGAUAGUGUUGUGGGAGUUCUUGGAUCUCGACUUCAGCUUCGGUUGGAUGGCAGUGACAACAAAAACGAUUUCUGGAGGCUUGUCGAUUUGAGAUACCACGACGUUAUUAGUUGCUUUUUAAGCCAUUGGAAUUGUGGCGUGAAUACUUAAGCGCACCUUCAUGUGAGUAAACCAACUUUGCAAUGCUCGAUUGCGGGCCCCCCGAAACUUGGUCAAACCUGAAAAUAAACUACACUGGCUACACUGGAAUGUAAACACGAAAGGAAGUAAGAGAGACUAGAUGAAAGCUAUACUAUAAUUACUGUUUUUGAGAAGAAUAGUCCAGCCACAGUUUCGAGUAAUUGGCAGUGAAUAACAGUUUAUAUAAAGCUAGUUGAAUUUCCGUUUAAUCAGAUUCGUAAGAUCAGUUGCACGAGCCUAACCUUAACAGAGCAGGCGUGACAUAUAACAAACCGCAAACUACUAAUUGAUCAGUUCGGAGAUACUAAACGUAAGAAAAAUUACAUAUCUAUAUAUACACAUGAACUCACAGCAUAAAUCAUGAUUCCUCCACAGGAAAAUUAUAAUCUUUCGUUGAAUAUAAUCACAGGUGUUUUAUUUCUUCGGGAUUAUCGUUUCGGAAAAGUCUCUAUGGUCGUUAGCCCUCGCUAACAAUUUAUAAUUUUCGUUUACAUAAGUAAACCAAGCGAACGGUCAUGUCAAGUCGAAAACUACGCUCAAAACGGUCGAAUAAAAAGGUCGCCGGGAAAGGUGCGAACGGUGAUGUGCAAACGAUAGUGACGGAAGAUGCAAACGAAACCAUAUUCGGUCAAGCCUGCCGGGCGUGCCGUGAACUAGAUACGGAUGAGAUGGUGAUGUGUGAUAGUUUCUCUAAAUGGUACCAUUUUCAUUGUGUAGGUGUUACGCAGGAAAUCGAGAAUUUUCCCUGGAGAUGUUCCAAAUGCACUGACGCAAACGGAGUUCAGGAAACAAGUUCGACUGUUAACGUUUCUCAUCACAGUGAUAAAAAUGCACGGGAGCGAACCACUCAAAAACCAUCUUCAAAAAUAUUGCCAAAGCAUAAGCAUCAGCUGGAUAGUUCGGAUAAAAAUCAACCAGUAGAUGUUUCAUUGCCAAGCCAUUCAUUCAAAACAGCCGGACAGCAGAAAGCCGAUUUAACUUCAGUUGACGCCGUUCGGAUGUGGACAGAACUGCGAAAGUCGAUAGUUAGUGGAGCUCCAUCUGUCGCGUCUAGCCGUUCGUCGCAAGCACUUGCAAGACUGCAAAUACAGAGAUUAGAAGACAUGAGAGAAGUGGAACGACGUGAAGCUGAGCGCCAACGGGUGAUCGCAGCAGAGGAAGCGAGAAGAGAGAAGGAUUUUCUGGAACGGAAGUAUCAAUUACUCGAGCAGGCUAUGAGCGAAAGCAGUUCAAUCAAAGCAGCAUCGGAACCUGGGGAGGAUAAUUGGCUGCCGGAAGAAUAUCAACAGGUAACUCCAGAUAAUGUUAGCAAUUAUUCUGUAUCACACGAAUCGGGUCCCCCAGAUCCAUUUCCUGCACCGUCGUCUUCAAUGUCGUGUCUGAACCGCAACAUCACGCUGAAUGUGACUUCCAGCAAAAACCACCCACGAGACACAACCCGUAGGCAACUGAAUCUGAGUGUAUGCCACCUUCGAAAGAUUUCGAUUGCGCAAAAACAUAAUCCGCCAGCAAAUCCAACUAAUUUAACGUCGCCUUUAAUAAUGAAUUCAGCACCACGGGAAUUUCAUCCAAAUAACUCGCGACUAUCGCAAGAUGGUCAGGAUUCACGAUGCAUCUCAAAUCGAGAGUACCGAGGUGGAUUGGAUUAUUCGUCGGACAGGCAACGGAAUGUACCCCAUCCAUCAUCAAUGCGUAACUGUCACUCCGAUGGCUAUGAGCAAGAUGAAUCACUAUCUAUUUCUCGUAAACAGUUAGCCGCUCGUCAAGCCAUUGCUAAAGAUUUGCCUACGUUCUCAGGAAAUCCUGAAGAAUGGCCAUUGUUCGUUUCCACCUUUAAUAGUACGACAGCAAUGUGCGGGUUCACGAACGAGGAGAAUAUUGUCCGGCUUCAACGCUGUCUCAAAGGCCGCGCUUAUGAAGCGGUAAGGUGCAGAUUGAUGCAUCCUUCCAAUGUAAACGGUGUAAUGUCUACGCUAAAGAUGCUCUUUGGGCAACCGGAGGUAAUUGUGAAUUCGAUGAUGUCCAAGAUCAACUCUAUGCCAGCUCUAAAGGAGGACAAGCUCGAAACUCUCGUGGAUUUCGCCGUCAACGUUGAAAACUUCUGUGCUACAGUCGAUGCUUGCGGACUCGAAGAAUAUUUUUAUAAUGUAACCUUUCUUCAUCAAUUAGUAAACAAGCUGCCAGCGUCAAUAAAAUUAAACUGGGCCCAAUACAGACGGUCGCUUCCCAUAAUCAAUCUUCCAUCCUUCAGUAACUGGUUGUACUCACUUGCCGAAGCAGCCAGUGCAGUUACAUUCUCAAGUAUCAUUCCUGAAAUCAAGAAUACACGCAAUGACUCACGAGCAAUCAGAAAAAGUAACUCAUAUCUCAAUGCGCAUUCUGAACAGCUGUCUCCAGAUCAUCAGCCAGCAGUGUUAUCCAACGCGAAACCACCGACCAAUUGUUGUCUGGUAUGCAAAGGAAAUUGUAAGUCGAUCGCCAAAUGCAGACGAUUUCUAGAAUUCUGUCGUGAUUCCCGUUGGUCAACCGUUCGAGACCUGGGGCUUUGCCGUAGAUGCCUACGUCAGCAUAAAGGAGGUUGUCAGACCAGGAUGUGUGGCAAGAACGGUUGCAAACUAAAACACCAGGCAGUCUCUUCGAAUUCUUGUGAUCAAAUUUCUCCAACUAAGCGUGACGAUCUUCCCAAAUCAAACUCUAUUACAUCGGAACAUGGAUGUCACACUCAUCAGGUUUCAUCUAACAACGCUUUAUUCCGCUAUUUACCGGUAGUGCUUCAUGGAAAGCAACGUUCAGUUCAAACAUUUGCGUUUCUUGAUGACGGAUCGGAGCUUACACUACUUGAUAGCGAUUUGGCAGAUGACUUACAACUUGAAGGAAAUAUAGAGCCCUUGUGUUUACGUUGGACAGGAGGAGCUACACGCCGUGAGGAUUGUUCAAGGAGUGUCCGACUGGAAGUAGCCUCCAAACAUGAGCCGUUUAGGAGGUAUAGUUUACACGGUGUACGCACAGUUAAAGAACUGCUUCUUCCCCCGCAAACUAUGAAUAUAGAAGAGCUAACUACGCGGUACCCACAUCUCAGUGGCCUGCCAAUUGCUUCGUACCGAGACAUUCGUCCAAGGAUUUUGAUUGGAAUCAAGCAUCAACAUUUGAGUUUAGUACGAAAGAGUCGUGAAGGAGCUCCACAUCAGCCAGUAGCCGUUAAAACCCGGUUAGGGUGGACUGUGUGCGGAGGGGGCAAUUCAGACGAAGCUUCAAGCCUCGUACAUUCCGUAUUCCACGUGUGUUCUUGUAAAUCAUCAACGGAUGAAGACCUCCACAAAGCGAUGAAAGAAUAUUUCACAAUCGAUGGUCUUGGUGUUACUCAGCCGAAAAGAAUUCUUCUCUCUGCAGAGGACGAGCGAGCACGAUCAUUGCUUCAAACUUGUACCGUAUUCAAAGGAGAUCGUUAUGAAACUGGCCUGUUGAGGCGCUAUGAAAACGUUCGUUUGCCAGACAGCUAUCCUAUGGCUCUACGGCGGCUGCAAUGCCUGAAAAAACGGAUGGAUAAGGAUCCAGAACUGGCUGAAACUCUGAAUCAAAAAAUCACCGACCUUGUUACAAAGGGAUACGCGAGAAAACUUACGGAGCAAGAACUAAAUCAAGCUUUCCCGCGAGUUUGGUAUUUGCCAAUAUUCCCGGUGACUAAUAUCCACAAACCUGGGAAAAUCCGUAUGGUAUGGACGCGGCUGCAGCAGCCUACGGAGUAACACUGAACUCGGUUCUAUUGAAAGGGCCUGAUUUGCUCUGUGAUCUGUUCAACAUACUGAUCCGAUUUCGGGAAGGCAAGAUCGCGCUGACCGGAGACGUACGUGAAAUGUUUUUGCAAGUUCUUAUACGAGCUGAAGAUCAGCAAUGUCAGCGUUUCCUCUGGAACGACGAUAACGGUGAAGUAGUUGUUUACAUCCUAAAGGUCAUGACGUUCGGAGCGUGUUGCUCCCCUAGUACGGCGGAUUUUAUAAAAAAUUUAAACGCCGAUCGAUUCAUAGCGAAGUUUCCA